UGUGCUCACUCCGCCUCUUCCCAGCGGAUGCUCGCUCCCUGUCAAUUUAUUUUCUGAGAUGAAGAGUUGAGGAAGGGGGAAAAGGAAACAAGAGGGUCUGCGGGGGUAGCGCAGUUAAAACAUCCAUGGGUGGUUGUGUGGGCAGUCACCAUGAUUCUUCAGGCAGUCUAAACGAAAACUCUGACGGAACUGGAGUGGCUCUUGGGCGUAACCAGGCCUUGAAGAGAGAGAAGCCCAAAUGGAAGAGUGACUAUCCAAUGACGGACGGCCAGCUGCGCAGUAAGCGGGAUGAGUUCUGGGACACUGCGCCUGCCUUCGAGGGCCGCAAGGAGAUCUGGGACGCGCUCAGGGCCGCCGCCCAGGCCUUCGAGAGCAACGACCAUGAACUGGCCCAGGCCAUCAUCGACGGGGCCAGCAUAACAUUGCCACACGGCGCACUGACUGAGUGCUAUGAUGAGCUGGGGAACCGCUACCAGCUGCCAGUCUACUGCCUGUCUCCACCUGUCAACAUGAUCGAGGAGAAGAGUGACCUGGAGAGUCUGGAGGUCAGCGAGCCGCCACCCAGCGAGGGCCAGGAGUGCCAGCUGCGCCUGCGCUUGUCUACAGGCCGGGACCUGCGCCUGGCGGUGAGGACCACGGACACGGUGCAGCACAUGAAGCGCCGGCUGCAGACGGUGGAGGGCGUGGCGGCGGCCACCCAGCGCUGGUUCUUCUCGGGCCGGCCACUCACGGACAAGAUGAAGCUGGAGGAGUUGAAGAUCUCCAGGGACUACGUGGUGCAGGUGAUCGUCAGCCAGCCGCCCGUCCCCCUGCCCACCCAGGCACCGCCCACCCCCAUACCAGCCACACCCGCCACACUACCCCAGGACCCCACACCCGUGGAAAACUAGUGCCUGGCACCCGGAGAAGGCAUGCAGGAGGAGAGAGGACCACAAUGGGAGGACCAGCUUGUGUCUAAGAAAGCGAGCGAGAGCGGUGUGUGUGUGUGUGUGUGUGUGUGUGUGUGUGUGUGUGUGUGUGUGUGUGUGUGUGUGUGUGUGUGUGUGUGUGUGUGUGUGUGUGUGUGUGUGUGUGUGUGUGUGAAGGAGCUAAGCAGGUAGAAGAUUAAACACGUGUCUGCAAAUGGGCUGAAACAGGACUAGAGAGCCAUUGAAAGGGUUUAUUUCCAGUUGAGUGUUUGUUAAGCUGUGUUACCUCUUCUCCCUCCUCGACGGGACGGCGAGGUUAUUCUGCAAGGCAUGCUAGGAUAGCAGCAGGGGUGUGUCUGUGUCUCAGCCGGAACAGGAAGACUCCGCCUCCUCGAUUGAAGACAACCAACCAGGAGCAGGAAGAGACUCAACCACAAGACAGGACCACCUGCCAACCUGACUUUUAACAAAUCAACCUUUUAUAAAAACUAUUUUUAAAAACUUGUCUUGCUUUUAGUGGAAACUGAACAACCAAAAAAAUAAAGAUCUGGGGAAACUAUAAGGAACGGGGAAGAAUAUACAGUAACAACUUUUUCAUUUUGCAUUGUUUUUACUCUUGUUUUGAUUUCACUGCUGUUGCAUUUUAGUCCUUGUCUUUGUCAAGGAUGAUUCUGUAUUGAUUUGGAGGACUGGGUCAAAGUUCCAGAACCUCUUACCUGCCUGCCUGCUCUCCAUCUCCUCUAUAGCUUCUAGUCAGUCAGCUGUCUGUCCUUCUAUUGCUCUCUUUGUUAUGCAUCCUACCUGUAACAGUCUUGACCUGUAGCUUCUUUCUGCAGACAUUACAUGUAGCUCUGCCAGUCAACUCUUAAGCAGACGAAUCACAUGCUCUGAACUAUACCUUUUAAAUUCCUGUCUUGGUUUGUGAAGUUAGUAGGCCGUCCUUCUCAUUCUCCAGUGUACAUCCCAUCGUGUAAACUUGACACUCACUCUACAGUUGUCUGUGUGCACCUGAUAUUUGCUUGAGAUGGAAAUACAGUAGGUUUCCAGUUAUUACAGGUGCAGAACUAAAAAAUAAAAGAAAGGAAAACAUGCAAACUGAAUGUGCUGGGAUGAGGUGUCAGUCAUCGCAAAGUGUUACUAGCACUGUGUAUAGAAAUUCUGCUUCACUAUACUUUAAAAUACUUAUCAGCGCAGUGUAUAUUCAAUUUUGUGUGUGUGUGUGUGUGAUAGAGAGUGAGCGAGAGUAAAUGCAUGUUUGAGAGGUUGUCGAGGGAAAGUGUUGGAUGUGCAGCUAUGUUCAUGUGCACAAUAUCUUCUGGUGACAAGAGCCAGACCUCAGAACAUACCAAGAAGAGGUUACGACCUUAGCAGGUCUCGAGGGGUUGUACUGUGGAGUGUUGACAUGUCACACCAGAGGUCUUGUCCUGUACUCCUGUAGCUGUUAAGACUUUGAGUAACAUUUUUCUGCUUCUCUCUUUGUGUGUAUGAGUGUGCUAAGGCACAUCAAGACUUAUUCAUGAAAAAUGCAUUUCAGAAACCUUAGUUGCAUAUUUUGAAAUAGAAUGUUUUUAAUUAAAUUGACCAACAUUUGUACUCCA